UUACCGGAGUGCCGCAUACAGACAGACACACCUUUUGUAUAUGUGUGGCUUUACAGGGUUUUUAUCGUAACACAUUAAAGUUCAUUUUCUUUAUUAAUGUGUCACGUUAAUUGUACUAUUUUUAAACGAGUGGAAAAAAUGAAGGGAAUUAAACUGUUCACCCUUACCACCAAGCUAACUAACAGGUAGAAAAAACCUAGAACGAAAGUAAAACCGACGUGGCGACAUAAACUAAAUUUGAAACGGAGUUUUUGCUGUGCAAUCCCGUGUAUAUUAUGUGCAAGGGUCUUAGAUAAAGAGAGAGGAGGGGAUAUACCUCCAAAAUGAGUCAACAACAAUGGAAAGAGUUGGAAAAUGAGGAUGACGACGAUGAUCAGAUGAAGAUACCAAGAUCAUCAUCUCCAGAACUGAGCUAUGUGUCAUUGAAGAGUAAUAAUUCAAUGAAAGAACCCCCAGUACUCAGUGAUGGAGAAGUAACCUCUGACCCCAGCAUCACCAGCAGGAAAAGAUGUAUACCUGCAUCACCAGAACACAGCUUUGUGUCGAUGAAGAGCGAUUACUCCAUGGCAGAACCUCCUGGACUCAGUGAUGGAGGAGUGACCUCUGACCUCAGCAGUGAGGAGAUGCGGUCCAGUCUGAACUACACUGAUUCCUCCUGUCAGACUCACAUCAGACAACACAAGAAUAAAUUAGACCUACAGACACAAAACCUGCUGGAGGAGACUGAAGAUCUUCAUCAGGAUUCUGAUCAACCAGUAGAUGAUGUUCUGCUGAGAGUCAAAGACCAACACAAAACCAUCAUGAAGAACAAAUAUGAGACUUUAUUUGAGGGAAUGAAACAACGAGAGAAUCAAACCCUCCUGAAGAGGAUUUACACACAAUUGUACCUCAUAGAGGGAGAGAGAGAAGGAGUGAAUGAAGAACAUGAAGUUUUACACAUGGAGAAAAACACCACAACACAACAAUUACAUGACACAACAAUCAACUGCAAUGACAUCUUUAAACCCUUACCUGAACCAGAAUAUAAAACAGAGAAAAGAAGAGAGAGGAAAGACGAAAUCAAGAGCGUUCUUACUAAAGGCAUCGCUGGAAUUGGAAAAACCGUCUCCGUACAGAAGUUCAUUCUGGAUUGGGCCGAGGGAACGGCCAAUCAGGAUGUAGAUUUCAUGUUUGUGUUUCCGUUUCGAGAGCUGAACUUGAUUCAAGAUAAACAGUACAGUCUUCACAAACUUCUGCUUGACUUUCAUCCUGAACUUCAAGAUCUGGACUCAAAGAUUUAUGAUGAGUGUAAAGUUGUGUUCAUCUUUGAUGGUCUGGAUGAAAACAGAAUGACACUGAUGUUUUCAGACGCUAAGAAAGUUUCUGAGGUGACUGAGACUUCAUCAGUGCCUGUGUUGAUAUCAAACCUUAUAAAAGGAGAUCUGCUUCCCUCUGCUCUUAUCUGGAUCACCUCCAGACCAGCAGCAGCCAAUCAGAUCCCAUCUAAAUACAUCAACCGUCUGACAGAAAUCCAGGGAUUCAAUGACGCUCAGAAGGAGGAAUAUUUCAGGAAGAGAAUCAGUGAUGAACAUCAAGCCAGCAGAAUUAUCUCACACGUCAGAAGAUCAAGAAGUCUCCACAUCAUGUGUCACAUACCAGUCUUCUGUUGGAUCUCAUCCACUGUGCUUCAAAACAUCCUGAAACAAGACAAUGAGAAAGCAGUAAUCCCUAAAACUCUGACUGAAAUGUACAUUCAAUUCCUGCUGAUUCAGAUGAAUGUGAAGAAUGAGAAGUAUGAUGAGAGAGAUCCAGAGAAACUCCUGCAGUCCAACAGAGAAGUGAUUGUCAAACUGUCUGAACUGGCUUUCAAACAGCUGAUGAAGGGUAAUGUGAUGUUUUAUGAAGAGGAGCUGAGAGAGUCUGGCAUAGACAUCACUGACGCCUCAGUGUAUUCUGGGAUUUGUACUGAGAUCUUUAAGGAGGAAUCUGUGAUGAAUCAGAAGAAAAUCUACUGCUUCAUACAUCUCAGCUGUCAGGAGUUUCUGGCUGCUUUAUAUGCGUUUUACUGGUAUGUAAGCAAAAAAGUUGACACCCUAAAGUUUCUUGAUUUAGUUUAUAGCUUUCUAAAAAAUGCAGUAGAUAAAGCUCUUGAAAGUGAAACUGGACAUCUGGAUCUUUUCCUGCGAUUCCUGCUGGGAAUCUACCUGGAGUCCAAUCAGAGACUCUUAAAGGAUCUACUGACACACACGGUGGACACCUCAGAAACCAUCAGUGAAAUCACACAGUACAUUAAAGAUAAAGUCAAGCAUAAUGAAGAUCUCUCAGCUGAAAGAUCCAUCAAUCUGUUUCUGUGUCUUCUUGAAGUGAAUGAUCAGACUCUGUACAGAGAGAUUGAGGAGUUUGUGAGAUCAGACAAACACUCAGAGAAGAAACUCUCUGCUGCUCACUGUUCAGCAAUAGCCUACAUGCUUCAGAUGUCAGAGGACGUUCUGGAUGAGCUGAAUCUGAAGAAAUACAACACAACAGAGGAGGGAAGAAGAAGACUCAUACCAGCUGUCAGCAACUGCACAAGAGCUAUUCUUACAGACUGUAAUCUCACUCUUGAGUGUUGUAAACAUUUGGCUUCAGCUCUUCAAUCCUCAAACUCACCUGUGAGAGAUCUGGAUGUGAGUAACAAUGACCUGCAGGAUUCAGGAGUGAAGCUCAUCUCUGAUGCUCUCAAGAGUCCAGACUGUAAACUACACACACUGAGAUUAUCAGGUUGUAUGGUGACAGAUGAAGGUUGUUGUUAUUUGGCUUCAGCUCUGAGUUCAAACCCAUACUCACACCUGAUAGAGCUGGAUCUGAGCUACAAUCACCCACAACACUCAGGACGCCAGAUGCUCUCUCAGAUACUCAAUGAUCCCAAGUGUACACUGGAGAUACUCAAGUUGGAUUAUGGAGGAGAAAGCAGACUUUUACCAGGAAUGAAAAAAUACUCCUGUAAUCUCACUCUGGAUUCAAACACAGCAGAUUGUCGUCUGGCUCUGUCUCAGGAAAACCAAAUGGUAACACGUGUAAAAGAAAGACAGUCGUAUCCGGAUCAUCCAGACAGAUUUGAUUACUACGGUAAUGUUAUGUGUAAAGAGGCUUUGUCUGAACGCUGUUACUGGGAAGUUGAAUGGACCGGGGUGGCUGAUAUAUCAGUGGUAUGUAAAGGCAUAAAGAGAAAGGGCGACAGUCAUGAAUGUUUUUUUGGAUUCAAUGAAAAUUCCUGGACUCUUUACUGCACAAAUCGCAGUUACUCUGCAAUACAUAAUAAAGAAAGCACAGACAUACCUGCACCUUUCCCAUCUAACAGAGUAGGAGUAUAUCUGGACUGGUCAGCGGGAACUCUGUCCUACUACAGCAUUUCUUAUACAAAAACACUCACACAUUUACACACAUUCGUCACAACAUUCAAUGAACCGCUCUUUGCUGGAUUUGGUCUGUAUCCGGGCUCCUCUGUGCGCUUGUGUUAAAUAGGUUGCUAUUUGUGCUUAACAGCACAUGUGCUUUAUAGAUUGACUUAGAGAAAUUGUUACAUAAUGGAAUUAACAUCAUAAUAGCAACACUCACUUAUAAGUGUUUAGUAAGGGAUAUAAAUUUUGUUACAAGGAAACUUAACUAUUUGAAUGCUCAGGAACACAUAACCUGGGGCCUAUAUAUAUAUAAUGCAAUAAGCCAUAAAACACUGUUACAUUUGUAAAUAUACUGCAGUUAAGACUAAAGACUUUUAUCAUGGCUCUUAUGUUUAGGUUAAGUAAUUUCUCUUCAAUUUAACUUUAAUGCCAAUGGAAAGGUUAUUAUGCAGUAAUUGAAAUGUUACAAAUGUAAUUUCAGUGAUUUUUAACAAAUUAGUAUUUAGCUGCAAAACCCUCUGCAAAAAAUGCAUGCAACAUUUUUUUUUUUGACCACAAGCUUUACUUUAAAUAAAUCCACAAAUCUGUUGCAAAAUCACUAAGGAGGCAUCUAGAAACAUUGCAAAUGAUGAAAGUCAGAAUAAGGGCUGCAUAACGAUUAAUCGCGACUAAUCACUUGCAGAAUAAAAGAGUUAGUUUAAUACAUCAUAUGUGUGUGUGUGUUGUGUAUAAUAUUUAUGUAUAUUUAAAUACACACACACAUGCAUGUAAAUAUUUAAGAAAUAUUUGUGUAUAUACAUUUUUUAUUUAUUUAUAAUUUAUUAAAUACUAAAAAACUUAAUAUAUAAAUAUAUUACAUGUUUACACACAGUCUGUGUUGUAAAUGUAGCACACACUUUUUAAUACCCAUUGGGUUUGUAUGCAAUGUUUACACAUUAUGUCGCUGGUAUUCAAGGGAUAUCUUAAGUUUUGAAAGAUGUUGUUUAUUUGUUGUUAACAUGUGCACCCUUCCUCUUUAAAGCCUUGUAACAUAAUUACUGUUGAUGGGUGUGUAAAACAUUGUUUUUUAAAUGUAAAGUAAAUGUAAAAAAAACUUUACAUGUCAAAUAAACAAAGUACUGUUACCUAUGGAAAAUAUUGUAUAAAAUAUAAUUAUUCAUUUUUAUAUUAUAUUUUUUGGAUGCGCUCUAGUCUUGAACUAGAAAUUAUAAAAAAUCAUAAUUUUACUUGCUACUAAGAUCUGUUUUAGGUGAUCUGAUGACAUAAUUUAGUUGUCAGCACUAAAUAAAGGUGUAAAUGUGGUCUAAAACCAAAUUGCUUUUGUGAACAGAUACCUCAUACAACAUUUGGAGAUAAUCGUAAACCCUUAUGACCAUGUCACAUUUGUACUGUAUUGCAAACACUACUGCAACUGUCCAGCAUCAAAAGACCAAUGCUCCAUCUGUUAAUAAAUCAUUGCAUUAUAACUACCUUAUAAAUCCACAUUUGAAGGGAAAUUUAAAAAUCAAUCUAUCUCAUCACCAGUGGCCUGUUGCACGAAACAAGUCGAACAAACUCUUGAGUUGACAAAACCUGACAAAUCCAAUCCGGGUUAAUUGAGGGUAAUCUGUCUCAUGACUAGUUAUCAACUGUCUCUCUCAACUCAGAUUUAAACCCUGAGUUUAUGAUAAUUCAUCAUGUGCGUGCACAUGAUAGGCUAACGUUUUCAGUGAUCAGCCAAUAGCGUUUAACACAAAAAGGUAGAGCUGUGUCCGAAAGCUUAGGCAGCUGAAUUGUUGCCUCUAAUAAAUGUGUCGUGUUAGAUGUAUGUCACUAUGCUCGUAGCUGAUUGGUUCAGUUUGGGUUUGCAAUCUCUUACCCAGAAUAAAUCCUGCUUCAAAGCAGGUUAGCUGUAAAGCGUAAGUUAUCAUGACAAUGAACACCGCUUUAAACCAAUCCACUUUCAUAAGCCCGAAAACCCAGAGUUUGCUUAAAGAGCCACACAGAUCCAAAAUCCAAAAUAACCUGUAUUGCAGUGUAUUAUGUUGCUGUCCAUCAAUGAAAAUGAUGUGCAGAGUAUUUGAACCAAAAAGUGCAUGACUAAUAAAGGGCCCAUGGCAUGAAAGUGUUAGCAUUGCCACUUUGUAGGUGUGAGCAAAAAUUAGGUUAUUGAAAUUUGGCCCUCUUUAUGAUGUCAUAAGGAGCUCUUAUUAUAAUAAUACCAACUCCUUAAUCUGCACUAUCUAACCACAGCACUGCCAUUUAGUGCAGAAAGAAAGAGAGAGAGAAAAAAUAAUUGACAGCACAAUUGCAUCAAACCACCAUCGUUGUGAUCAGUGUUUACAUUUCAUCGGCUCAUUUGCAUUUUAGAGGACACACCCAAAACGCCACAUUUUUGCUCACACCUACAAAAUGGCAAUGCUAAGGUUUUCAUGCCAUGGGCCCUUUAACAGAGGAAAUAGUACAAAUUUCAAUUAUUUAUUCAUGCCGCAGCUCAUUCUGGGAGUCCUGGAUGAGAUUUCCAAUUUGUUGAUACCCAGCAUGCAUUGCAGCAUAAAGCGUUUCAUUUUAUUGUCACCAUUGUUGUGAUUCAUACUUGGAUUCUUGAUGUUUGUGUGUCUACAUUAAUGUGGUUAAUUUGUGCGUGAAACUCUAGGCAUCGAGACAUUCACGUGGAAAAUAGCGUCAUGGGAGGAGCUUCUGUGACACUGCCCGCUUCCUGUAAUCACGUCACUACUAGAGCAAGCUCCUGAUAGGUUAACGUGGUGCAUUCUUCCGCCAAAGUAAAACAUUUUCAACUUCCGCGGCAACGCUCAAUUUAGUCUAGUUCGCGCGAAUGUUCGUGCCAUGAGACCUCCAGGCGUGCGUCGAUGCGUCUUCACAUUGACUUAACAUUUAAAUCACUUGCGCUUGAUGCCUCUACCGUGGCUGGUGUGAACACAGCAUUAUACAGUGGUUAAUUUUAAGUGUCAGUGUUUCAAAAUUCUUCAGAAAGACAAACUGCUAUGAGCGAGCUGGAUCUCAUACUGUAGUAUCACAUUAUUUUCAGAGAAAGACACUUCUGAUAAGUGUUCAAACAUUAAGUUUACUAGAUGAUGAUGUUUCAACUUUAUGUACACUACUAACCACCACCAAAGAAUUGCACUAUUGUCUUUUCCCUGCCAUAACAAACAUGUCUUAAACACAAAAAGUUAUAGCAGUCAAAAGACUGAACAAGAUAACAGUCAAAAGUCAAGUUCAACUAAAACAAACACUGAUCACAAUAAUGGUGACUUAUAUAUAGUAUAACUACUUUUUAGUACUUUUUAUAGUACUUUUUAACACUCUGUAAGAUUGGGACAAUAUAUAGAUCCAGCAGUGUUUAUUUAACUCUGGGGGUUUUGCUGUGUGGGGGCUUCCUGGGGGCUAAGUAAGGGCUGCCCAUGCAGGGCCAGUUCUAAGGGGCCAACGUUUCGCCAGUGGGCAAACCUGCAUUGGGCCCUUAGACUAUGCCCAUAAAGGGCCAUCGUAGGCUUAUUUGCAGGGUACCCACUUUAUUUGAAACAACGUCUCCUAACCACAACCUGUAAGUAUGAUUAUUACAUUAUGUGUUUAUUUUCCCUCAGUGUUCUAAAAUGUCUAGUAAUGUCUUAUCAGUAAGCCGCAUGUUUGCAGUUAAACUACUGUUUAGAUGUGGCCUGGUUAGAUUACAUACUUGCUUAAAUGAGUGUAAUUUUUUCUAUAACUUGGACUAAUGAUGAAUGAUGUGUAAUGAUGUCUGUUUUUAAACUCUUUACAUCUUGUCAGUUAGCCACGUUAGCAUGUUUUAGUUAGUUUCUGUCGUCGUUUUUAUUGCUUGGAUUAAUGAUGAAUGCUGUGUAUUGAUGUUGAUAAUGUCUUCUCAGUAAAUCAUGUUAGCACUAGGUCAAUACAUGUUGCACUAUUGUUGGUCUGUGCCACUGAUCUGUGGUCUGUGCAGAGACUGUGUCAUUUGACCAAUCAGAGCAGAGAGGCUACCGAAAGGUGGGGUUUAGGCAGACUGUCGUUAAACGGCUUUACACAAAUCAUUUAGGGAUGUCUAAGAAAUGGGAUAAUAUUACAUUUAUAUUUUGAAAAAAUGACCAAGUUUUUUGACCUUACAUGAAAUUUAAACCUCUUAUCCGGGACUUAUAAACAGUGAUAGGAAGCUUGAAUUUGCAUCUUUGCUCUUUAAACUAAACCCAAACUUACUAAGGUAACUAACCACUGAAACCAGCUUUAUGAAAAAGGCCACUAGUGUUUAUAGGGCCACCUUAAGGACAUUUUACUCCUAUUAUUUCAAAGAAAUAUAUCAGAG